AUGACGCAAGACAACCGAAAGGGGAAUCCCGGCUUCUUCUCGGUGUUGUUGGGACGCGGUACUGCCGAUCUCAAAGGCGAGACUCAGGCCGGCGACGAGAAGCGUCCAUUCAACGAGGGUCGAGCUACAACUGUAGUGCCGAGCUCACGUCCAUCAGCAGCAUCGAGACCAUACGAGCAACCUAAAUCUUCCUUUGCCGUCGACUCGCGAGCAUCGUUGAGAACAUCGACGAUACAAGACCCAAGUCGCAGUUCUGCUCAUCGUGACAGCACUGCAUUCCGUCCAGAGCAAGCCAGUCGCAAGCAGUAUGAACCGCUGCCCACGCCAUCAAGGACCGAUGCCCAAUCUGCCGUACCUUCCAUGCGUCCACCCCGCGUCCGGCGAUCUGUAGAUGCCCCAGAAGCACAAGACUCGAAAGACAAGAGCGAAGCCUGCGCGCCAGCCCGCUCCCCGCGAAAAGUCGCUUUCAACACCCCCACGCACUCGCUCCGCAAUGGCAGAGCUGGCUUCUCACGGCGGGAGGAGGCAGGCAGCAGUUCCGAUUCGUCCUAUCAACCUCCUGCACGCAAGAUGGUGCCCAGACCCAGCAAGCCCAAGCACACGCGGAACACAUCCAGAAACGAGCCCGAAGAACGCACCUGGAGCUCCUCUUCAGCCACUUUGCAGGACAAGGACGAGCCUCGAUCACGGUCGGCCAAGAAGAGCCGACCUGGAAAGAGAGGCAACUAUCCGCUGACCAAUGGCUCGCAAAGCGGUGGGUUUGAGGCUGUGCGUGUAUCUGGACCUGACCGCGUCAUCAUCGUACCGACUGCCUCUGGGACGACCGCGACGAUGACGGAAGCCCAGCCUCAGGCAGGGAGGCAGUAUCUGCCAUUGACGUCGACGGGUUCGCAGAGACGACGAGGAUCCGUGCCGAAUGCGCAAAUACAAAUGCAGCCUCCUCCGAAGCCUAAGCACACUUCUCAGGAUGUCAGCCGAGCGGUGUCAAGGCCGGCUGACGUGCAGCGAGACAAAUCGAAUCGUGGCCGCCAAAGCAACGUCGGGGCAGAGGGCGAGAUCAAGGCUGAUAGGGAGCUCAGCAGGUCGCAGAGCCGCCCGGUCAAGGUGGCUGCGCGCACUUCGACAUCGAUCCGACCGAUGCCGCCUAUGCCGGAUCUUCCGGCAACGACGGUGCUGUCGCAGAACAUGGCCAGAGCGCGUGCUGGCCAGCGGAACGCGAUCAGCUCGUACAGCGCCACUCCCAACGGGCUUCAGCAUGCCACGGGCACCAUGCCACAGUUGCACGAACGACCUGCCAAUGCUCGAACGAAGGUGCAGCGGGCAUGA